CGGGCAUACCCCCCUCCACACCUCCCGAUUCAAAUCCGCAGCCCCAGAAAAAAUCAGACGCCGAGCUCUCGCUCUCGAUCUAGGGAUUGAUUCCCCCAAAACCCUAGGCGACCCAGCGGCGGAGGACCUCCACCGCCGCGCGCGCCCAUGGCCGACGACCUCUACUCCUCCUCCUCCGGCGCGGCGUCGCCCGCCGCCGCGGCCGCCGCGGCCGCCGCGGCGGUCGGCUCGUCGGUGAUCCCGAUCGUCAACAAGCUGCAGGACAUCUUCGCGCAGCUGGGGAGCAACUCCACCAUCGACCUGCCGCAGGUCGCGGUCGUCGGCAGCCAGAGCAGCGGCAAGUCGAGCGUCCUCGAGGCGCUCGUCGGCCGCGACUUCCUCCCGCGCGGCUCCGACAUCUGCACGCGCCGCCCGCUCGUGCUCCAGCUCGUGCACCAGCCGCUGCGCCCCUCGGCCGUCGACGACAACGAGUGGGGCGAGUUCCUGCACCAGCCAGGCCGACGCUACUCCGACUUCCGCGAAAUCCGACGCGAGAUCCAGGCAGAAACUGACAGGGAGGCUGGUGGUAACAAGGGUGUGUCAGAUAGGCAGAUACGUUUGAAGAUCCAUUCGCCAAAUGUUCUUAACAUCACUUUGGUCGAUUUGCCUGGAAUUACUAAGGUGCCAGUUGGCGACCAACCAACUGAUAUUGAGGCCAGAAUAAGGACUAUGAUAUUGUCAUAUAUCAAGCACAAGACAUGUAUCAUCUUGGCUGUUUCACCAGCAAAUGCAGAUUUAGCUAAUUCUGAUGCCCUUCAAAUGGCUCGUCAGGCAGACCCUGAUGGUUCUCGAACAAUUGGUGUUAUCACAAAGUUGGACAUAAUGGACAGGGGCACCGAUGCCCGUAACUUCUUGCUGGGAAAUGUCAUCCCAUUACGACUUGGUUAUGUUGGUGUCGUAAACCGCUGCCAGCAGGAUAUCAUCUCUGAUCUCAGUAUCAAGGAUGCCUUGGCACGAGAAGAAAAAUUCUUCCGUAAUCAACCGGCAUACAAUGGUCUUGCUCAGUACUGUGGGAUACCACAGUUAGCAAAGAAGCUAAACCAGAUCUUGGUCCAACAUAUAAAAACUAUUCUGCCGGGACUGAAGUCACGCAUAAGUUCCCAAUUGACAGCUAUUGCUAAGGAGCAUGCCUUUUAUGGUGAUCCAGUCGAGUCCAAGGCUGGGCAAGGUGCUAAGCUUUUGAACAUUCUAGCUAAAUACUGUGAUGCUUUCUCCUCGAUGGUAGAAGGAAAAAAUGAAGAUAUCUCAACAAUCGAGCUUUCUGGUGGAGCAAGAAUUCACUAUAUUUUCCAAUCUAUCUUUGUCAAAAGCUUAGAGGGUGUUGACCCUUGCGAGGAUGUCACCGAUGAAGACAUCCGCAUGGCUAUACAAAAUGCAACUGGUCCUAGGAGUGCUUUGUUUGUACCUGAGGUGCCAUUUGAAGUGCUUGUACGUAGACAAAUCAGCAGAUUGCUUGAUCCAAGUCUUCAGUGUGCAGAAUUUAUAUAUGAGGAACUAGUCAAGAUGAGCCAUCGUUCUCUUAGCAAUGAGCUGCAGCAGUUUCCUAUACUCAGAAGGAGCAUGGAUGAAGUAAUUGGGAAGUUUUUACGUGAUGGGCUUAAGCCAGCACAAGAUAUGAUAGCACACAUUAUUGAGAUGGAGGCCGACUACAUAAACACAUCUCACCCAAGUUUCAUUGGUGGCAGCAAGGCCGUAGAGCAAGCGCAGCAACAAGUCAGAACGGCUAGAUUGCCUGCAACGGUGGUUAGAAGAGAUGGAGUAGAUGCCGAUAAGCCACAGGCUCCUGAGAAAACCCAAAGAUCACGUGCAUUAUUGGGUAGAACUGCUGGUGUGAAUGGAGUUGUCAACGACCAGAUCCAGCAGGGUGUACGAUCUGCUGCUGAGGCAGAGAGACCGGGAUCUUCAGGUAGUGGAAGCACUUCCUUUUGGGGCUCAAUAUUUACCUCAAGUGAGGACCGUGCACACUCUUCAGCGAGAGAUAGUUCAGUGAACAAAUCUUAUGCUUCAGCCACUCCCAGCCUGGAACAUUCAUUCUCUUCAAUACAUUUAAAAGAGCCGCCGCUAGUCCUCAAGCCUUCAGAAAAUCAUUCUGAGCAGGAGGCCCUUGAAAUAGCAAUUACAAAAUUGCUGCUGCAGUCAUAUUACAAUAUAGUCAGGAAAAAUGUUGAGGACUUCGUACCAAAAGCAAUUAUGCAUUUCCUGGUUAAUCACACAAAAAGAGAGCUGCAUAAUUUCCUUAUAACUACCCUUUAUAGAGAAGAGCUCCUUGGCGACAUCCUAAGAGAACCUGAUGAAAUAACUACAAAGAGGAAGCAGAUACGUGAUAACCUUAGGAUCCUUCAGCAAGCCUACAAAACUUUGGAUGAGAUACCGCUAGAAGCAGAGACAGUUGAGAGAGGUUAUUCCCUGGAUUCUGAUGCCACCGGUCUACCACGGGUCCAUGGGCUUUCUUCAUCCUUCCAUGACGGAGGCUCACCAUAUUCUACCCCAAAGCAGUCUAGGAAUCGGAAGGGCCACUCUGGGGAGCAACAACCUUUCAAUCCCAGCUCAAGUGGCAAUGGAUUUUGAUAUUGCCUUGCACGACCGUUCCCCGGUUUAGUGACUUGAGCCAGCAGAUGUGCUGGUAGCAACACGCUAUCCAUAUUCAGUUUGCCGGUGCCCAAUAGAUAUAUGUUUUUUCUAGCCAUUGUUAUUCUUUGUAGUGUUGCGCCCAACGAAGCAUUGGCAUGGUGCCAGAUUUUUGCCGCUUGCCUCUCUUGUACAGUAUAUCGCAGCCCAAUCAUUUCGUCUUAAAAUGAUACCGGUGAUGGGUAAGUUUUUUGGUUGAAACCCAUGUAAGAAGCUAUGGGGACCUACUAGUUUUAGUUCCGAGUGUCCGAGUACUGUAUCUGAAGAUUCUGAACACGGUUUAUUUUACCGUGAUAAGUCUGACAUGGUUCGUGGGAAGAUGUUAAGAAAUUGUGCUACAGGAGUUUUAAUGUUUCA